AUGCUGAAGCCAAGUGGACUUAAAAUCCCUGGCAGGGCUGGGAAGCACUCCAGCCCGGUGGGACGGGCAUCAGGGACCACCGCAGCUGCCAUCACCACUGGUUCAAAAGAAGGCUCACCUUUACACAAGCAGGGUACCACCUCCACCGCCAGCACCGAGAAGUCAGGUUCAAAGGUUGCCGAGGUGGGCGAUGAUUUCCUGGGAGACUUUGUGGUGGGCGAACGUGUCUGGGUAAAUGGAGUGAAGCCAGGUGUGAUCCAGUAUCUUGGGGAGACGCAAUUUGCUCCAGGCCAGUGGGCAGGGGUCGUUCUGGAUGACCCGGUGGGUAAGAAUGACGGCUCUGUCGGUGGAGUACGUUACUUUGAAUGCCAGCCGCUGCAGGGGAUUUUUACGCGACCCUCCAAGCUGACGCGGCAGCCGGUGGCCGAGGGCUCGGGGAGCGACGCCCCCUCCGUGGACUCCCUGACGGCUCAGAACUUGUCACUGCACUCGGGGACGGCCACGCCACCUCUCUCCACUCGUGUCAUCCCCCUGCGGGAGAGCGUCCUGAACAGCGCCAUGAAGACGGGCAACGAGUCUGGAUCUAACCUCUCGGACAGUGGGUCUGUGAAAAAAGGGGAGAAGGACUUACGGCUUGGAGAUCGUGUGCUGGUUGGUGGGACAAAGACAGGAGUUGUGCGCUACGUGGGAGAGACGGAUUUUGCCAAAGGAGAGUGGUGUGGUGUGGAGCUGGAUGAACCCCUGGGGAAGAACGAUGGGGCGGUCGCUGGUACAAGGUAUUUUCAGUGUCCUCCCAAAUUUGGCCUCUUUGCUCCCAUCCACAAGGUGAUCCGGAUCGGGUUCCCAUCAACCAGCCCUGCCAAGGCAAAGAAGAGCAAACGAAUGGCCAUGGGAGUGUCUGCCUUAACCCACAGCCCCAGCAGCUCCUCCAUCAGCUCCGUCAGCUCAGUGGCAUCGUCUGUUGGGGGCAGGCCAAGCCGCAGCGGGCUGCUGACAGAGACCUCUUCUCGAUAUGCCCGAAAAAUCUCUGGCACCACAGCUCUCCAGGAGGCACUGAAGGAGAAGCAGCAGCACAUCGAACAGCUACUGGCAGAGCGUGACCUGGAGCGGGCUGAGGUUGCCAAAGCCACCAGCCACAUCUGUGAGGUGGAGAAAGAAAUUGCCAUCAUGAAGGCCCAGCAUGAGCAGUACGUCACGGAGGCAGAAGGAAACCUCCAACGAGCACGAGCUCUGGUAGAUGGGAUGCAGAAGGAGAAGAUUGAGCUGCUGAACCAGCUGGAAGAGGAGAAGAGGAAAGUGGAGGACUUGCAGUUCCGUGUGGAGGAAGAAUCCAUUACGAAGGGGGAUCUGGAGACUCAGACGCAGUUGGAGCAUGCCCGAAUACGGGAGCUCGAGCAGAGCCUGCUGUUUGAGAAGGCACAGGCUGAAAAACUCCUCAGAGAAUUAGAGGACACCAGGUUAACCACGGUAGCAGAGAAGUCCAGAAUCCUGCAGCUGGAGGAGGAGUUGAGCCUGAGGCGCAGCGAGGUGGAUGAGCUUCGGCAGUGCCUCAGGAGCUCUCACCAAGCAGAGACCCCUGAGCAUAACCUUGGCUUGCAGUCAGAGGCUCUUCGUCUACGCGAUCAACUGCUGUCUGCCAACAAGGAGCAUCAGAAGGAGAGCAGCCAGCUAAAGGAGAAGUACGAGAAGACAUUAAAGAAGUACCAGCAGGAGAUGGAGAAGCUGAAAUCUGUCAAUGAGAAGUACUCACAGGAAAUCAUUGACCUAAAGCAUAAAGUUCAGCAAGCCACUAAUGAGAACAUGGGGCUCAUGGACAACUGGAAGUCCAAGUUGGACACGUUAGCUUCUGACCACCAGAAGUCUCUGGAGGACCUGAAAGCCACACUGAGCACAGGCCCCGACACCCAGCAUAAGGAGAUUGUGGAACUGAAGGCAGUGGUGGAGAGUAUAAAGAUGGAGCACCAGCUUGAGCUGGAGAACCUGAAGGCAAAGCAUGACAUUGAGACGGCUGUUCAUAUAAAGGAGAAAGAGAGUCUCAAACUGAAGUUGCAGGAGGCUGUGGAUGAAGUGGAAAAAAGCAACAGCAACUGGAAAAUGCAACUGGAAACCAAAAGUAAUCAGCACCUUCUUGAGCUCCAAGAUGUGAAGGACAAGUGUCGAGAUGCUGAGCUGAGGGUGCAUGAACUGGAGAAACUUCAUGAUGAAUAUAAAGAUCAGACACAAGCGAUAGCUUUCUUGAAAGAGCAGAUUUCUUUGGCUGAGAAGAAGAUGUUGGACUAUGAAACAUUACAGAAAACAGAAGCCCAGAGCAAACAGGAGAUCCACAGAUUGCAGGAAAAAGUGCUUGUCUUAGAGAACAAGCUACAGUCCAUGGAGGCCCUGCAUCCUUCUCAGCAUGCAAAUAUGAUUGAAACUAAUGAUAUUUCAGAAGAAAAGAUAAAAAUGAAGCAGACUAUGGAAGACCUCCAAGACAAGCUGAGUAAAAGAGACAAAGAGGUGUCAUCACUGGUGUCCCAAACUGAAACUCUAAGGGCCCAAGUAAGUGCUUUGGAAAAUAAAUGGAAAACAGCAGAAAAGAAGGCUGAUUCAUUGUUAAAAGAAAAGAAGAGGCUGGAAGGUGAACUGGAAGCCUUGACCAAGAAAACACACGAUGCUUCAGGGCAACUGGUCCUGAUUAGCCAGGAGCUACUCAAGAAGGAAAGGAGUCUGAACGAGCUGAGAGUGUUGUUACUGGAGGCGAACCGGCACUCGCCUGGGCCAGAGCGGGACCUAAGCCGGGAAGUGCACAAAGCAGAGUGGCGGCUGAAGGAACAGAAGCUCAAAGAUGACAUCAAGGGUCUGCGAGAGAAACUGGUUGUGCUGGACAAGGAAAAAUCAGUAACGGAUCAGCGGCGAUACUCCCUGAUCGACCCCUCAUCAGAGUCAGAAGUGAUCCGGCUGCAGCACCGGCUUGUCAGCACGGAGGAUGUGCUGCGCAAUGCGCUGGAGCAGGGCCACCAGAUGGAGAAGCUCAUGGAAGCGAUGAGGCUCUCCUCCGAGAAAACACAGACUGUUGGAAAUUCUGGGUCUGCUAACGGAAUUCACCAGCAGGAUAAAUCCCACAAGCAAGAGGUAAGUUAUAAGCAGAAUGUUGUUUAA